CGCCAAGCGUGGGGUUGGCGGUGAGGCCGGCGGCGGUAGUUGGGGCUGGGUGGGAGGAGAUCCUUUCGCACACACGAGGAGGGUUGUGCUGCUGUCGCUGCGGUCGUGAGUGCCCAGUCUGGACUGUAGCUGACGCCCAAGACGCCGAGGAGUGAGUCGUUGGCCGCCGGCCCCUCUGUCUUGCCGUCCUCGCCGGGUCAGCGCGGCCUGCUCCUCCCCGGUCGGCCGCCCCCGCCUCCAUUUCCCGCCCUCUCUUCACCACACACACGGCCCCCCCGAUCAUGGAUCCCGGCAGCGGCGGAGGCGGCGGAGGCGGCGGUGGCGGGAGCAGCAGCAGCAGCGACUCCGCUCCCGACUGCUGGGACCAGACGGAUAUGGAGACACCCGGGCCAGGGCCUUGCGGCAGCGGCUCCAUAGCUGCGGUGGCCGAGGCCCAGCGUGAGAACCUCAGCGCGGCCUUCAGCCGGCAACUCAACGUCAACGCCAAGCCCUUCGUCCCCAACGUCCACGCCGCAGAGUUCGUGCCGUCUUUCCUGCGGGGCCCGGCCCAGCCGCCACCAUCCUCAGCUGGCGCGGCCGGCGGCGACCACGGAGCGAGCAGCAGCGCGGGAGGCCCUUCGGCCCCUGUGGAGGCCUCUCAAGAACAGUCAUUACUGUGUGAAGGUUCAAAUUCAUCUGUUAGCAUGGAACUUUCAGAACCUGUUGUAGAAAAUGGAGAGACAGAAAUGUCCCCAGAAGAAUCAUGGGAGCACAAAGAAGAAAUAAGUGAAGCAGAGCCUGGGGGUGGCUCCUCAGGAGAUGGAAGAGCACCAGAAGAAAGUACCCAAGAAAUGAUGGAGGAAGAAGAAGAAAUACCAAAACCUAAGUCUGUGGUGGCAUCCCCAGGUGCUCCUAAGAAAGAACAUGUAAAUGUAGUAUUCAUUGGUCAUGUCGAUGCGGGCAAGUCAACCAUUGGAGGGCAAAUAAUGUAUUUGACUGGAAUGGUGGACAAAAGGACACUUGAGAAAUAUGAACGAGAAGCUAAAGAAAAAAACAGAGAAACCUGGUACUUGUCUUGGGCCUUAGACACAAAUCAGGAGGAACGAGACAAGGGUAAAACGGUAGAAGUGGGUCGUGCCUAUUUUGAAACCGAAAAGAAGCAUUUUACAAUUCUAGAUGCUCCUGGCCAUAAGAGUUUUGUCCCAAAUAUGAUUGGUGGUGCCUCUCAAGCUGACUUGGCUGUACUGGUAAUCUCGGCCAGGAAAGGAGAGUUUGAAACCGGAUUUGAAAAAGGAGGACAAACAAGAGAACAUGCAAUGUUGGCAAAGACAGCAGGUGUCAAACACUUAAUCGUGCUUAUUAAUAAGAUGGAUGAUCCAACCGUGAACUGGAGUAACGAGAGAUAUGAAGAAUGUAAAGAGAAACUAGUACCAUUCUUGAAAAAAGUUGGCUUCAAUCCAAAAAAGGACAUUCAUUUUAUGCCCUGCUCAGGACUGACGGGAGCAAAUCUCAAAGAGCAAUCAGAUUUCUGUCCUUGGUACAUUGGCUUACCAUUUAUUCCAUAUCUGGAUAAUUUGCCAAACUUCAAUAGAUCAGUUGAUGGACCAAUCAGGCUGCCAAUUGUCGAUAAGUACAAGGAUAUGGGGACUGUGGUCCUGGGAAAGCUGGAAUCUGGAUCUAUUUGUAAAGGCCAGCAGCUUGUAAUGAUGCCAAAUAAGCACAAUGUGGAAGUUCUUGGAAUACUUUCUGAUGAUGUAGAAACGGAUUCUGUAGCCCCAGGGGAAAACCUCAAAAUCAGACUGAAAGGAAUUGAAGAAGAGGAGAUUCUUCCAGGAUUCAUCCUUUGUGAUCUUAAUAAUCUUUGUCAUUCUGGACGCACAUUUGAUGCCCAGAUAGUGAUUAUAGAGCACAAAUCCAUCAUCUGCCCAGGCUAUAAUGCGGUGCUGCAUAUUCAUACCUGUAUCGAGGAAGUCGAAAUAACAGCCUUAAUCUGCUUGGUAGACAAAAAAUCAGGAGAAAAAAGUAAGACUCGACCCCGUUUUGUGAAACAAGAUCAAGUAUGCAUUGCGCGUUUGAGGACAGCAGGGACCAUCUGUCUGGAGACCUUUAAAGACUUCCCUCAGAUGGGGCGCUUUACCUUACGAGAUGAGGGUAAGACCAUUGCAAUUGGAAAAGUUCUGAAACUGGUUCCAGAGAAAGACUAAGCAUUUUCUUGAUGACCCUGCACAAUACUGUGAGGAAUAUUGACUGCAAAAGCCUCCUUCACACCGCCCUCUCUUCUUUUCUGCCCAUCGAUAAACUUCUCCCCAUAUUUUGCAGAGAAACUUCACAGAAGUCCACAUUAUGUCAGCUUUCUCAUAUUGAGAGCUCUGCUAUGCCACUGUUGAAUUUUCCCCAAGAUUUUGCCCCCCUUUCAAACUUUGCUUCCCUGGACAGAUUUGGCAAUAGCUUUGUAAGUGAUGUGGACAUAAUUGCCUACAAUAAUGAAAACCAACACGAAUUUUUUUAUUUUUCAUUUUCCCCUUAGGCAUAGUUAGCCUUCCCCCCUCCAGGCAGAUCAUUCUGAGUGUGCGAGUGUGUGUGCACAUGUUAAAAAGACAACUACCAUGUUAAUAAAAUAUUCAAUUUGAAACCCUUUUCGGUAUUUGAAUUGCUUUUGAAUACUGUUUUUUAUCUCAAUGUAACAUUGUUGCAUUAUCUUUUUAACUGCCAAGUAAAUGAAUACAUUUUAUUACUUGGAUUUUUCUAAAUGCUCCCUACCCACUCACUUUAAAUGGGGCAUUUACAAACACUGCUCACGUUUGUAUUAAAGAAAAGAAUGUGUUGUUUGAUCCCUUAUUUUGAUGGUCAUUGCAAACAUAAACACCUUUGUGCAACUGUGACACUGCUUUAUUAAUUGGUCUAUUGGUUAUUUUCUGCCAAUUUAUAUCUUAAUAUGAUUUCUUAAACACAGUAAGCGAACACAUUAUUGUCACCUUUCUAGGUAAAGCUUAAUAAAACUGUCCCCUCCAGACACUUCCAUUAGCUUGUUACAUGAGUGGCAGUCACAGAAAAGAAAGCAUGCCAAGACUGGCCAGCUCCCGUGAGUUGUUCUAAGAGCUACAUGCAUCGAGUACAAAGCCCAUCUGUUACACAUGCCAGUGCCACAAGUUACUCACUGUCAGUAACUUUGAAGGGUGGAAGAGCCUUGCUUCUUCAUGCCGGUUCUCAAUCCAGUGACUAAAUGAGCACAGAGUCUUUCUCACACUAAAAUGAACAAGUAGAAUCAAGCACAGGAUAGGUUUUUAGCUCAGUUAUUUGAGUUUUCUUAAAUAGAAGCUGUAAGUUGCUAACCGUGAUUUGGAAGAGCCAUAGUGCAGCAUUGUGGUGUGGUGGAUUUAGUUUAAAGGGUAACUACUACAGGUAUGCCGGAAUUUUUUUGUGAGAAUAAAUGGGAAGUAGAAGAGACAGUCUCUGGGUUUGUUAGAAGCCUCCUUCAUGUUGAUUGUGUGCUUCCAUUUAUGAGAUUUGACCUCUUUUACAUGGUGAUUUCUAAGAUUCUUUUUAACUACGUUUAUUGGCAUGGCCCAUCCCUGUAAUCUUACUCCCCAGAAAAGAAAAGCCUAGCCAACUGUAUCUCCUCUCCAGUUAUAGAACAAAACACAAGUCUUUUCUGAACAAUGAAAUGCCAAUUGCAGAGAUAAAUGAGUUGCUGUCUUAUAAACAGGGCCUAGGGAAGCCCUCCAGCUUUGAACUACACAUAUGGCUAUUAAAUUGCAUGAAAUUUAAUUUUUAUGAUGCCUGCAAAUAUCUGGGCUUUUAUUUUUCUGUGACAUUUGGGAGCUCUAAUGAGAUCAAAAUGGUUUUUGAUAUUUCCAUGCUAAUAGAAUAUUAGCAAACGCUUGAGUCUUUAUGAAUCUCUAGAACCUUUAAGUUACUGAAAUUAUUUCCAAUGAUUUCCCUUUUGAAAUUAAACAUAUUUUUAAAAACAAGUUAUGUCUGCUCUUAAACACUUAACACUGUUACAAUGUUAUGUGCAUGCUGCCAGGAUCCUUAAGUGGAAUGGCUUAGACAGCGUUGUGAAAGGCCUACCUCUACAAGAUAACAUAAGUACAAAGGUUACUGUAAAUGAUUUUCAUUGGAAUUAUAUCACAUCAGAAUUAACAUCAUACUAAGGACUUUGAAGUUUGAAAAAAGUAUCUCUAAUUAGACUUCCCGUUUUAAAAUAGUUUUUAAUAUAUCAGAUUGUUAUUUGAAUAAGGACAUAAAUUGUCUGAAGUAAACUUGGAAUGUGUGCAGAUAUUGGAUUUUUAAAGAGCAAUACAGUUGUGUGCUAUCAUUCAGUCUUUUGCAAGUAUAAACUUUUUAUGUGGUUGACAAUGCAAAAUAGGAUAACUACACAUUCUGGAUAUUAAAGAUCUCAUGUUUUUUCAACUAUAUUUAACAUAGGCAUGUAGCAUCAUGAUUUGGGGCCACCCAUUGUACAUUAAUCUUCAUCACACAACUUUUUUAUGCUAGGUUAUUUUAAUCUUUUAAGUGAGCAUAUCUGAUUUUUAAGUGAUGGCAUUUAAAAACAUCUUAACUGUCAUCUUUUUCUGUGAAAGAGAAAAUACAGCAUCUUUUGUUUAUACAGAAUUUGCUAUCUUGUGUGUGUGUGGGGGGGGGGGUCUAUAUCAAUCCAAACCACAAGAAGUUGGGCUGAGUGUAUACUGCCUGAAAUUCAAUGACAAAGUAACUGUUUGUAAAUGAUUAAACACAUUUCCCCCUUGUUUUCAAUUAAAAAUCUUGAAGUACACAAUAAUUACAUGUAAAAUCUUUGUAAACUGAAGUACAAGCUAUUCAGUGUAACAAGAUAAUUGAUUCAUCGUGUCUGCUAUUUAUGAGAACCACUUAGAUCUACUUUAUAGUGUGCGACUUUGAAAGUUAUUUGGUUGAACAAUUCCUAUCAUCAGUUGAAGUGCUGCAAGUAUUUUGGCCUAUACUUGGAACCAGAUACAGUUUUAUAACUUAAGAACCCAAGAUUAAUAUGGGGGGGGGGGGAUAGUCCCUCGGCAGUCUCCAGGAACACUAGUAAUUAAUGACUCCAUGAUCUUGGAUGACUGUUUACACAUGGCAGCACUCCAGCAACUUUGCUCACUGGCAUGUUCUUGCUCACUGCUGCUUCAUGAAUGAUAACUUCAUUGCCUUGGGUAGAGCUUUAGGUAGUCAAGGGACAAAACUGUAGCUUUCACUGUUAGAAACUUCCAACCUUUAUACCAUUUGUGAAAAUUCUGGUUACAGUACUAUAUCUUGGACUGUAGAAUGAGUAGAUGUUCAUAUUCAUUGUUGGCCUACCUUAUUAGAAUAAACUGCAACUAAUCCUCUCACAGAUCUAUAUGUAAAGUAGAUAGAAAGCAAUCAGUUGCAUUUGAGGAAUGGUUACCUCAAAAUACUGUAUUGAUUUCUUCCAGCUAAUUUUUCAGUGAUUCUAACAGAUGCCAUCUGAUUAUUCAUGAUCUUGUUUUUUAGAAAUCUUGCCAUAGGUAUAAUUACAUAUGCACAAUUCAUGAUUUAAUAGGUUUAAAUUUAGCUAUUGGCUAAAUUAGAUCUCAUAGUGUGUGGAAUAGGAAGUGUUAUUUUCCAGUAGUAAUUCAGUCGAUUGCAUUUGAACCAAUUUAUUGCCAGAAUUCAGAUAAGGUAGAUUUGAUACUUGAUGGGUUUUGUUCUGGGCUAUUCUUAAUAUUUAGAAUCCUGGAACUUAAUAAGUCUUCCCUUCAAUAAAUAUACUUCUCACAUACCUCUAAUCCUAUGCGUCCUUGAAACAAUAAUAUGCUAGCCAAGUUAUUUACUAAGGAUUAUCAUGAGGGUGUGGAAGUAUGGGGGUAGAGAUUUAAAACUUGUUUUCCGGUGCAAGGGAAAAGUAAAUAGUCACUAAGCCUGAUUAGGCAGAAAACAUGGACUUCUUAAAGCAGAUUCAGAAGAGUAUUGCUUUUUUCUGCCUUGUCACACAUGCCACUGUGCCCUUUAAAUCUUGACCUGGAAACCUCAGGUUUGUGGACUGCAUGGGCAGAUGGCAUUUUGUGCUUCCUGAGGCACCCCUCUGCUAGGCACAUUAGCUUAGUGCUUCAGAUGUCAGCCUAAGUCCUUGCUACCUCCUUUCCUGCUGCCCGGGGAAGAAUGUCUGUGCUGGAGCUAGCCCUCUGGCCCUCCUCAGGUCAUGGUCUUCACCCCCAUUUCUCCCACAUGUGUUAGGUGACACUAAGCUCUGAGCCUGCGAGUCUGCAUUUGAAGGGACAUGUUGGGCUCAGAAACAUACACACUUCUUAACUAAUAUGGAUCUCUCAGGCUGGGACCUAGUGACUCCUUUUUACUGAACUGGUUAAUACCUAGAGCCCAUUUUACAAGAUAAGAUGAAAGAGAACUGGCUAGGUCUGGUGGGCUAUUAGCCUAAUUCCAAAGCACGAAUGAGUGUUCUAGGUAGGAAGACAACCCUUUCCUUAUGCUUUGUAGCUACCUACUGUGCCUGAUUUGGUGCCUGUGUGAGGAUUAAGCCCUUAGUCUGCUCUUGCAAUUACUCAAAUGACUGAAGUUUAAAAAUUUCGUUUUGUAACAGUAAAAAUUGUCAUCUUCCCUUUUGAUGUGCUUGUCUCUUUGUUUAUAAUCACCUGCUGUACUCUGUGCUACUUUCUCUAUGAUAUUUUUGUAUCAAGUAUUGGAAAUAUCUAACAGACUUAUUGGAUGGACCUAACAGGAUGUUAUCACAGAAUUUAAAAGUUUGUUUGGUGUGUGAGGCUUUUUGUAUGGUUAUAUGACAACCUUACAGAACAAAAAUAGCCCUCCAGGAAGGGUUAGAAGAGAUACUUGAUAAUAAAUAACAUCACAUUGUGUGGUUUUAUGUGAAUACAAUUGGAGAAAUAUCAGUGAUUAUUCUGUCCAAGCUAUGAACCUCUACAAAUUCAGGAUUUUUAAUAAAGAUCAAGAGACCAAA